GUCCCAUUGUUGUGGUGGAGAACAAGUUGGGUGUUGAAAGCUGGUGUGUCAAGUUUCUGCUACCAUAUGUGCACAACAAGCUGUUACUCUACCGCCAGCGUAAACAUUGGCUGGACAAGGAAGAUGAUCUGGUUCUGAUAGCUGUCAAGCCUUGAUCUUCAACUCACGCUGGAGCAGCUUCAACUGACUUUAGUGGAUAUCACAUCCACCUUGUUGCUGCUUAAUCCUGACUUCACGACUGCAUGGAAUGUCAGAUAUUGCAGGACGCAUCUUCUGCACAAGAGAUUAACUUCAAACCAGCAGAUGCUGAAUCUCCAAUCUUUGGUACAUUCCAAAAGUUGCCAGACUGAUAAAGUACCUGUUCAUGAGAAAGGAACACUUAUCUUUCCGACAGCAGAGAGAAUACCUCAACAUGUAUUUCAACCUCAGGAAGGAGUUGAUUCAGUGUGGAGUUCUUGAUCCAGAAAAAGACCUCUAUCUGGGCAAGUUGGCACUCACUAAAUUCCCCAAGAGUCCGGAGACGUGGAUACAUCGACGCUGGGUGCUACAUCAAACUCUCACACGGCUCUCAGCUGCUGAUUCAAGCGGAAAGCAGAACCCGCCUGAAGCAGAGCAGGCAGAUGUAGAAAGGAAUCAGCAGCUCAAUUACCAUCUUACUCAAAUGUUCCACACAGAGCUAAAUGUUUGCUCUGAUGCUGCAUGUAGUUAUCCCAGCAACUACAAUGCUUGGUCCCACCGCAUCUGGGUGCUGCAACACAUGGCCAAAGGUAAUGUUGAGGUUUUCCAUGAUGAGCUGUCCACCAUGCGUCAAUGGGUGUCGAUGCAUGUAUCCGACCAUAGUGGCUUUCACUACCGCCAAUUCCUGCUCAAGGAGCUAAUUGAUGAGUUUUCUCUGAUACCAGCUCCCAACAAAAACUGCUCGGAUCAAUAUCAGUCAAGGACAGUGCCUAGAAGCUGGCUGUUACGUUCCAUCAACGUCAAUGCCUUUAGGCAGCAGCCAGGAAUAGAGACAAUGAAUGAAGAUGACUGGGAGCCUGAAUUAGCAAGACUGUUUGAGCUCUUCCACCAGGAGAUGGAACUGUGUUCAGACCUGAUCCGGUCUUUCCCUGGACAUGAGACCCUUUGGAGUCACAGGCGGCAUGUCUUCUAUUUGUGGCACCAAUGGAGGUGGGAACACCAGGUAUUUUACUUAAACAGGAAUGGAAGCACUGUCCUCAAUAACAUUGAUGACACAACUCGACUGAAGCCUGGCACUGAGGACUGUGGAGAAUGGGGAGCUGGCACAAUGGAGGUAGAUGGCAGAUCCUUCCCUGUUCCUAGUGACAGCAAGCGUCUGAAGAGGGGUUUCCGUUCUUCAAACCUCCCCAGCCUGUCCUCGGAGUGCACAUUUUUGAGCACUGUUUUAGAGAGGCAAUGUAACCCUGAGCAGAGACACUUUGGCCUGGCUUACAAAAAGUGGUUAGAUUCUGUAAUUGGUAAGGUGCUUGAAGAAAAUUAAUUGAUGGACCCAUUAUUUUUAAUAGUGACCUUAAAUUUGCUUUUAGUGCUGACUAGUAUUAUAUUGAUGCAUUGUUUCCAUUAGGAACCAAGUACAGCGCAACAUAGUUUCUUGUUUUUUAAUUUUCACUGAAUCAGUUUGUUUGUGUUUUUUGCUUUCUUCGGACAAUCAUUCCAUAUCUUGGUCAUUUACCUAUCCCAUCUUCAUGGUCUCUUUUUUUUGUCCUACUCUGUCCUCGUUCUAGAGACCUAGAGUCCUUUUAAUGUAUUCGUGCAAAAAGUGCACACUUGACCCAUGUUUAACUGACAUUUUGCUUUGCUUGCUGCCAUUUCAUUUUAUGUUGUGACUGUAGAGUUCCUUUAUCUGUGUUAUUGCAGAAGUGGUUUAUUAGAUGUAAAGAUUACUGUCCCAACUUUGUCAAAGGAUUGGUGUGGGACUAAUAGUUGUUAUGAACCUCAAAUGCACACUCCCUUUAACCAAGUAAGGUAUGAACAGAUUCCCUUUUCUCAGCAUUUUUUUUUUUGCUUUAAACCCUCAUCGUAAUUAAUACAAACAACAUCGUGAGUGACAUUAAAUCAUGACGGUAACGCGUAGCGCCAAAAGAGCAGGUAAGGGUUUUAAUGCCUUACUUAAGGACACCACAAUUGUUAAUCUGCUGAGUAUACGCAAUUUAUUCUCAGUGUGUAGUAAAAUCCUACCAUAGAUUGCAAAAAAAGUUACAUAGACUCUCGUCAUAACAUAGUGCGCUAGCUUGUCAUCUGGAGUGGUGUACUGAAUAAAUAGCCAGAGAAUAUUAUAUUAUUAUUUUAUCAGAAUAGAUGUUGUUUUAUCACAUGUAAAAAAAAUAAUAAUAAUAAUAAAUAAAUAAAACUCCACAUUUACUGUUCCAAGCUACCAUUGUUAUGUUACUCACUGCUUCAGGUAUUUAUUUUCUGACGUAUGAAUUGAAAUGCAAUUUUUUGUCAAUAUUGUGGCGGUUCUAAUUUUAAUGUCCUUUUUCAAAUUUGGUAGCUGGCAGCAAGAAAAAAACCUGUCCAGUUACAGUUGGCAAGUGUGUGCUGUCUCUUCAUAUGUCAUCUUAAAGUACUGUUUUACAUUUACUCAACUAGGAGACAUACAUCUGACUGGAAUUAAAUAAAAUGGUAAUAUUUAGGCUACAUAAAGAUUUAAUGCUUGCACACAAAUUGAUUGCAGUAAUUCCUUGCUAUAUUCUGGUUCACUUAAUGUAGAUACACUGCAUUGUGGAGUGUUUUGCUGUGUGUUUUUGGUUCAGUAAGAUUUGCAGUCUAUUUGAGUGUAAUGUGUCAGUUGUGCCUCACAUAAGGACAAAUGGGCCCUUUGUAGCAGGAGAGAAACAUUAUUGAGCAAUUGUUAUUUCACAGAUUUGGCAAGUUACCAUGUUGCUUACUAAUAAAUUAAUGAAUAGAAUAACACUGUUUAACACACAGACCACAGUGAGAGUUUCAUGAAAUAAAAUCAAGAAUACCAACCUAGCCUAGUACAGUAUUGUACUAAUACAGUAAAGGUAAUGCUAACACUCAUAACAGUAUGGAGCAAAGAGCUAAAGAGCAAUGCUUAGUAUGAUUUUUGCAGCUGUAGUUAAGAGCACUCCAACAAAUUCUGGAAAGCAGCAGCAGCAAAGGACCAAGACACAAUGACCAGGACCAUGACCGUUCCCUAUGACACCGACACCAUCACUGUGAGUCAGUCUGCCUGAUUGUUUAGCUAGAAAAUCGCCUGUGUUUCAUAUGUCCCCAUGGGCUGACUUUCAUGUCAUUCAAGCAGACCACACCUAUGUUUUAUAGCAGGGGUCAUCAACCUGCGACUCUGUCACCCUUAUGUUGUGGCUCAGUGUCGCCUGGGAAAAUAAAUGUCAGAUUGAAGUGC